GCUUAAAAUACCUUGAUCAGUAUAAAUUGAAAUUGAAUCACAUUGCUAGAUGUUAAAUAAAUUCAAUUUUGGAAUGUGUACAGGUUCGGUAAAUAUUAGCAUAGAAAUCAGACGGGUGCAAGUUUAGUGUUUCAUGCCGGGUGUAUGAACGUUUUAUAUAAAUAAAUAUUACUUCGAUUUAACAUUUUAGAAAUGGCGUGAUUGCAAAACACAUGGACGAUAUUUGAAACGGUCUUUGUGCUAAUGAUUACUAAAAUGAACGGAUUAAUGUAUUAAGAAAACAGGGAGUAAAAUCAACAUGAGAUAGAAUCAACUUUAUGAUCAAUAGUUGCCACUAACUUGUACAAAGAAGUCACGAAAAAUGAGUUUGACUGUACGUUCACGAUCAGAUGUUGUGAGAAAAUCUGAGGAUAAAAAAGAACUACUUCCAACAGUGGUUCAACUUGGUAGCACUCUUCCCGUGAAUCGCGCGUAUGAAAAUGAAAUUUGGACUCAAGUUAUACCAGACAGUAAAAAUAGUUCACCGCGAAGUGACACUAUGCAAAACGUAAGAUGCCGGAAAUUUAAGAAUUUGUACGAAUACAAUAAAAAGCAUAACGACAAGUUUAAUUUGCAGAGAAAUUUAUGGAAAAUUCCAAGUCUUGGAAAUAACUUCCUGCCCUUCAAAAAGAAGGGCAACAACUCGCCAAGUGAAGAAGUUGUAGGACUUUAUCGACCUAAAUUUCACAGAUGGUACAGCCGGCUUGUACACGAAAAUACCGUGAUUCUUCCCCCUAUAGAGACAUCCGAACGGGUCAAGGAUGAAAUUCCAGACUCUGUAAAUCUAAAUGAAAAGAAAUACAUAAUAGACCAACAGAAACGAGAAGGUCCGCGAGAACGAUUUGCACGUGACGAGUUGUUUUUUCCAAACGUCUAUAACCAAUGUUUCACGUGCAGGGAAUGUCGGAAACAGUAUGCGAAUGAUGUGUACUCACAAACAUGGCUGUCACGUAAUGCCACGUCACCCACGUGUUAUACCACGAGCAGCACCGGAAGACGCGCAGUUCUGAAACGUCAGCAUUGUGACGUAUUAGGUGAAAGAUAUUGCAGAGCUUGUAUAGAAAAAAGGAACAAGAACUUCUCCCUCCAGAUAGAGGACAAACUUCUCAAUAACAAUGACAUUGAUAAAGUGCAUUACAAAAGUUCACAAUUCUAAGCAGGUUGAAAGAAAGUAUA